AUGAUCGAUAUCAACCUGAUUAGAGACCCGAAGACUCGCAAGGAGGUUAUUGAAAGCGAAAAGAAACGAUUUCGAGACGGAACGUCUGUCGAAAAGGCCUAUGAGCUGGACAGGAAGAGGAUAGAGACGGCAUUCAAGCUUGACCAGAUCAAUGCACGAGUUAACCAAUUAAACCGAGAGGUGAAGCUUGGAUAUAAGGAAGGAAAGAAGAAAGAGGACGAGGAGUUGGCUGAGAAGAUCACUGAGAUAAAAAACCUUCAUGACGACGCAAAGAGACUUAAAGAGGAGGCAGGAGCAGCCGAGGAGGAGCUGAACAGGGUUAUGAAGGGAAUAGGGAAUAUUAUUUCGAAGGAGGUUGUGGUCAGCAAUGACGAGAAAGACAACCCGAUAGUAAGGUCCUAUAGAAGUGGGAGGAGUAUACAGAAGAACCCACAGCCUUUUUCGGCACUGAUGAAGGACUUCACGCACUCGGCUGCGGGAGCAAAGGUGAUAGGGCACCGGGGAUACUAUCUAUCUGGAAAGAUGGCUAGACUAGCCCAGGCCCUUACAAGAUAUGCUAUUGACUUUCUUGAAAACAAGGGCUACACCUACAUUCAGACGCCUGUGAUGCUGAGAAGAGAUGUGAUGGCAAAAACAUCGCAGCUGAGCGAUUUUGACGAGCAGCUGUAUAAGGUUGAAGAUGAUCUGUAUCUGAUAGCGACGUCUGAGCAGGCACUUGCAGCAUUGUACAUGGAUGAAAGAAUGACUCCACAGGAGGUUCCGAAGAAGUUCUGUGGACAAUCUCUGUGCUUUAGAAAGGAGGCCGGGGCACAUGGAAAGGAUAAUGCGGGUCUGUUCAGGGUUCACCAGUUUGAGAAGAUCGAGCAGUUUGUGAUAUGCGAGCCUUCUGAGUCCCAGAGGCACCACGAAGAGAUGAUAAGGAUAUGCGAGGAGUUUUAUCAGUCACUGGACAUAAGCUAUAAUGUUGUAAGUAUUGUGUCUGGAGAGCUUAACGAUGCGGCGGCCAUAAAGUAUGAUCUUGAGGCAUACUUCCCAAAUGCUGAGAAGUAUAGAGAAUUAGUUUCUUGCUCGAAUUGUACGGACUACCAGUCAAGAGAGCUUGAGAUAAGAUACGGGAUUGUUAAAGAGAACAACCGGAAGGUUUAUGUGCACCUGUUGAAUGGAACCAUGUGUGCCAUCCAGCGGGCAUUGUGUUGCAUCGUGGAAAACUACCAGAGGGAAAAUGGAAUCGAUGUUCCGGAUGUCUUGCAAGGAUAUUUUGGAGGGGACUUUAUCGAGCUAAGCUCCUAG